AUGGCAAGGUCCGCCAUGUCCGGGCUAGUGCUCCUGCUGCUCUGUGCAACCUGCAGGUUGGCGCUAGGAAUCACCGAUGGGCUGCUGGCCAACGGCAACUUCGAGCGCGGGCCGCAGCCGUCGCAGCUGCGCGGGACGCAGGUGGUGGGCGCGUCGUCGAUCCCGUCGUGGCGGACGUCGGGGUUCGUGGAGUACAUCCCGUCGGGGCGGAAGCAGGGGGACAUGGUGCUGGUCGUCCCCGAGGGCGCCUACGCCGUGCGCCUGGGCAACGAGGCGUCCAUCGCGCAGCGCCUCCGCGGGGCCGUCCCCGGCGCGCGCUACAGCCUCACCUUCAGCGCGGCGAGGACGUGCGCGCAGGCGGAGCGCCUCAACGUGUCCGCGUCCGGCCAGUCCGGCGUGCUGGUCAUGCAGACCAUGUACAGCAGCAACGGCUGGGACUCCUACUCCUGGGCCUGGGACGCCACCGCCGACGAGGUCGAGGUCGUCGUCCACAACCCCGGUGUCACCGAGGACCCCGCCUGCGGCCCCCUCAUCGACUCUGUCGCCAUCAAGACCCUCACCCCGCCCCGCCGCACCAACAAGAACCUGGUGAAGAAUGGUGAUUUCGAGGAGGGGCCGUACAUCAUCCCCGGGACCAAGUGGGGGGUGCUGAUCCCGUCGCGGAUGGUGGACGAGCACUCGCCGCUGCCGGGUUGGAUGGUGGAGUCGCUCAAGGCCGUCAAGUACAUCGACAGCGACCACUUCGCGGUGCCGCGGGGGCGCCGGGCCGUGGAGCUGCUGGCGGGGAGGGAGAGCGCGAUCGCACAGGUGAUCCGCACCGUGCCGGGGAAGCAGUACGCGCUGUCCUUCAGCGUGGGCGACGCCAGCAACACGUGCCGCGGGUCGCUCAUGGUGGAGGCCUACGCCGGCAGGGAGUCCACCAAGGUGCCGUACGAGUCGGCGGGGCAGGGCGGCGCCGCCAAGCGGGCCGUGCUCCCGUUCCGCGCCACGUCGUCUCGCACGCGCGUCGUCUUCUUCAGCUCCUUCUACAAUACCAUGACUGACGACAUGAGCUCGCUCUGCGGGCCGGUGAUCGACGACGUCGCCGUCGUCAGCGUGCGCGCCCGGCCGCCAAAGCGCCCCUAG